UUACCUCUCUUCAUUAUAUGUCAAAUGUACUGAUAGGAAGAAUUAUCAACAGGAAUGAAGUUCUUUUUAGGGACUGUUGUCUGAAAAUGGAUAUUAGCAGGGAAGGGUGCAGAUACAGCACAAAGUGAGGACAGGACAUCCCAGUUCACAGUCACAUUACAGCAUCCCGGCAUCUAUUGUACCGUAUGAUCCUUAAAGUGAGGGGAGGAGAAAUACUGAGAUGGCAGCAGAGAGGGAGCGAGUGAGUAUAGGAUGAGUUGAGAAUGCGUUUUUUUUUUAUUUUUAAACUAAUUUGUAAUAUUCGAGGGCGUUACAGAUGUCCACGGUGCGGUUCGUCUCUCUGCCUCGCGGCGUUAUAAAUAGUAAAGGUUAAUUAGUUAGCAGAGAAAUUGGAUCAGGGGCGGGCUGUUAGAAUUUGAUCCACAGACAGGUAACUCAAGCAAACCCCAUUGUCACUGCAAUCAGACCUAUAUAUAAAUCAUCCUGAACGGACAGGAGUCACCACAUAGCCUUACCUCCUCUGCUGGAUCACCGACCGGGCGAGUUCCCCCUCAACACGAAAUAAAAAUGUCACUCACAUCCGUCCUUUCCGCCAAUGCCAUCGACGCUGCUCUCAAGGACUGCCAAGCUCCAGACUCCUUCUGCCCAAAGAGGUUUUUCAAGAUGUGUGGCCUCAGCGACAAGAGCUCUCAGGAUGUGAAGAAGGUCUUUGAGAUCCUGGACAAUGAUGCCAGUGGGUUUAUCGAGGAGGAAGAGCUUAAGUUUUUCCUGCAGAGGUUUUCUCCUGGUGCUCGUGUCCUGACAGAUAAAGAGACCCAGGGCUUCCUGAAGGCUGCUGAUGACGACAGCGAUGGGAAAAUUGGAGUAGAGGAGUUCCAGCACAUGGUGAGCUCCUAAACAGAUGGACGUCAUCUCCACCACAUUAUCUGACCCCAGUUCUGCUCCCAUCAUGCAGUCUGCUACUCAAGGAGUCUUUUUUCCUAUUGCAGUUAAAUCAUAGACCAGUUUAGUUAAUUUACUUCCACUCGCUCAGGUCAUAUGCGUUGUCAUCCAUCCAGGCUUUAUGUUUUACGCAGAUCCUCUUCCUCACCCCAACAGUUGUACCAUUUACCAAAUUACUGAGAAAAUAAAAGAAUACAAUCCAAGUUAUUUGACUCGUUGACUUGUUUUGCUAAGUGUGUGCUGUGUUUUUGAAAGGUCUUCUAGGUGUUAUUAAAAAAAGUUAUCUCGCUGAUUGGAGUAUAUGUACUGAAUAAAAACACUGUGGUUUAGUUUCUGUAUUUACAGUGGGUUUUGUCUAUGAACGUGAGGCACCAACAAGCUAACACAGGGAGAAAUCACAGGAAGUGACCUUGAUAACCACCUGAGUGGAUCGGGUGACACCUGACCUCAGCUUUGUAAACCCAUCUGAACACACACACACACACACACACACACACAAACACACACAC